GUAGCUGUACAGUAAGUCAUAAAUUCAUCAUGUGAAACUUUUCCUCAUUCAUAUAAACAAACUGGAUCAUGCUCGCACACAGUCUGCUGUUCGUAAUCUCAUUCAUCCUCAAAUCUUCUGCUAAUUUUUAUGUUAUAGACGAUCGCGUUGGAUUAGGAAGAGAGUUUGAUGGGAUAGGUGGAUUAAGCGGAGGAGGGGCCACCUCGAGACUUUUGGUAAACUAUGAAGAACCGUAUCGAGGACAAAUACUGGAUUUCUUGUUUAAGCCAAGUUUUGGGGCUUCACUGCAUAUCCUGAAGGUUGAAAUAGGAGGGGAUGCCCAAACCACCGAUGGGACAGAGCCCUCUCAUAUGCACAGUGAAGAUGAUGUGGAUUUCUUCCGUGGAUAUGAGUGGUGGCUUAUGAAAGAAGCCAAGAAGAGAAAUCCAGACAUAAAACUGAUCGGUCUUCCCUGGGCGUUUCCAGGAUGGAUUGGUCAGGGCACGCAAUGGCCAUACUUUUUCCCAAAAAUGACUGCUAAAUAUGUUGUUUCCUGGAUUACUGGAGCAAAGCAGCAUCAUAACCUGCACAUCGACUACGUUGGGAUAUGGAAUGAAAAAAGUUUUGAUGCAACGUAUAUCAAGAUUCUGCGAAACACUUUGGACCAAAAUAAUUUGACAGAUGUUGGAAUCAUUGCUGCAGAUGGGGACUGGAAUAUUGCUUCACUCAUGGCCAAAGAUCCAUAUCUGAAUGAUGCUGUUGAGGUGAUAGGUGUUCACUACCCAGGCACCAACACAGUAAAGGACGCCCUGUGGACUCAGAAGAAACUUUGGUCCUCUGAAGAUUACAGCACGUUUAAUAAUGAAAUAGGUGCUGGAUGCUGGGCUCGCAUUUUAAACCAGAACUACGUUAACGGCAGAAUGACUUCGACCAUAUCCUGGAAUCUGAUAGCAAGUUACUACGAGGAUCUGUCUUUUGGUGGAGACGGGUUGAUGACGGCCGAAGAGCCUUGGAGUGGACAUUAUGUAGUGGAUUCUCCAAUAUGGAUAACUGCACACACAACGCAGUUUGCACAACCAGGCUGGUUUUAUCUGCAGACUUUGGGCAAUCUCACCCAUGGAGGAAGUUAUGUGGCCUUAACAGACCUCAAAGGGAAUCUUACUAUUGUGAUUGAAACUAUGACACACGAUCACUCUGAGUGCAUCCGACCUCCUCUACCGGAGUUUAAUGUCUCUGCACAAAAAGUCACUUUUCAGCUUAAAGCUUCUUUUGCACAUUUAACUGAACUGCAAGUGUGGUAUUCAAAGUUGGAUUUUGAGACCAAGAAAAAUAUACUUUUUAGAAAGAAAAGUCCUAUUAAGGUCUAUGAUGGUUCAUUUACCCUUAAACUAAAAGUUGAUGAAGUUUACACAAUCACAUCUCUCACUACUGGAGAGAAAGGCUUCUACGCAGAUCCCCCUGAAUCCUGUUCAUUUCCAAAGAACUACUCUGAUGAUUUCACUGUCGAAAACCCUCCGUUCUCUGAGGCACCAUAUUUUGCCGAUCAAACCGGCGUGUUUGAGUACUUCAGAAACCUGACGGAUACAGGGCCACAUGCUUUCACCUUACGACAGGUGAUCACAGAGCGACCGGUCACCUGGGGACGAGAUGCAGACCAGACCAUCAGCAUCAUCGGGGACUACAACUGGAAAGACCUCACUGUGUCGUGUGAUGUGCUCAUUGAAACUCCCAACACCGGAGGAGUGUUCCUGGCUGCCAGAAUUGAUCAAGGAGGAGAAUCCAUCCGAAAAGCAAAGGGUGUCUUUUAUUGGCUUUAUGCAAAUGGGACUUUUAAAGUGUCGAAUGACAUAGGUGGACGGAGAGUUCUUGCUGAAGGGCUUUCAGGAACAAGGGCUGGUGUAUGGUAUUCAUUAACACUUAGUGUCAAGGGAAAUUUUGCCUUCGGGGAACUAAAUGGCUACCCACUGUGGAAGUAUGCUGUUGUCCUAGAACCCAAGAAAGGCUGGGCGGCACUGGGAACUCUAUCAUUUGAAUAUGCACAAUUUGAUAAUUUUAAAUUACUUGCAGAUUAAUGAUCACACUGAUAUUAUGUUUACAUGAUUUUUACACACUUGCUGUAUUUUGUACC